CCUUCUCUUUCCCUUUGUGUAAAAGUCAAGCAUAUCCACCUUUGAAUCCGACGCCGUUUCAUAAUCUCCGAGCUUCAUCAAUCUCCAUUUCCAGAUCGAAUGUGAAGGAGAUCCCAAUUCAUUCGCCUGAAAAAUGGAUGCGGUAUCGAUCAGAGUACCGUAUAAGAAUCUGAAGCAGCAGGAAGUGGAAUUAACUAAUGUUGAUGAAUCACGGUUUGCACAGCUCGAGAUCCGUAGUGAUUCAUCAUCUCCUAGGGUUUCUAAUGGAGAAAUGAAUGAUUCUAAUCUACCUCUUCCUCCACCGCCUGUACGUAACAGUUUGCUCACCUUGAUUCUUAGUUGCACCGUCGCUGCUGGGGUUCAGUUUGGAUGGGCUCUGCAACUAUCUCUCCUUACACCUUAUAUUCAGACACUUGGCAUAGAGCAUGCCUUCUCUUCUUUUAUUUGGCUAUGCGGUCCUAUUACUGGCCUUGUGCUGUUCCUUGAAUUAAAACUUUCUAUCCUUUGAUCAGUAAAACGAAGUCGCCAGAUAUAUGGUACAACCUUGUGUAGGUAUAUGGAGUGAUAAAUGUCAUUCUAAAUAUGGCAGAAGAAGGCCUUUCAUUUUUAUUGGAGCUGUCAUGAUCUCUAUUGCUACAUAGGAUACUUAUUGGGGGACACAAAAGAGCAUUGCAGCACUUUCAAAGGCACUCGCUCAAGAGCAGCCAUUGUAUUUGUCGUUGGGUUUUGGAUGCUCGAUCUUGCUAAUAAUACUGUGCAGGGUCCGGCUCGAGCUCUUUUGGCAGAUUUGUCAGGUCCUGAUCAAAGAAAUACCGCAAAUGCUGUGUUCUGCUCCUGGAUGGCUGUUGGAAACAUUCUUGGAUUUUCUGCUGGAGCCAGUGGAGGUUGGCACAGAUGGUUUCCGUUUUUGACAAAUAGAGCUUGUUGUGAGCCAUGUGGAAAUCUCAAAGCAGCAUUCUUAGUUGCAGUGGUCUUUCUAACUCUCUGCACGUUAGUAACUCUCUACUUCGCUAAUGAAGUCCCGCUGUCACCCAAGCAAUAUAAGCGCAUGUCAGAUUCUGCUCCUCUCUUGGAUAGUCCUCAGAAUACUGGAUUUGACCUUUCUCAAUCGAAAAGGGAGUUGCAGUAUGCAAAUAGUGUGGCAAAUAAUGAAUCUGAGAUGGGUCAUGUAGCAGAUAAUAGUCCAAAGAAUGAAGAACAGAGACCAGACAAGGAUCAAGGUGAUAGCUUCGCUGAUAGCCCUGGAGCAGUUUUGGUCAAUCUGUUGACCAGCUUACGUCAUUUGCCUCCCGCAAUGCAUUCGGUUCUCAUUGUCAUGGCUCUGACUUGGUUGUCCUGGUUUCCCUUUUUCCUUUUUGACACGGAUUGGAUGGGGAGAGAAGUCUAUCACGGGGAUCCGAAAGGAGAAGCAGAUGAAGUAAAUGCAUAUAACCAAGGUGUCAGAGAAGGUGCAUUUGGUUUGCUAUUGAAUUCUGUUGUUCUUGGCGUUAGCUCCUUUCUUAUUGAGCCAAUGUGCAAAUGGAUUGGUUCUAGACUUGUUUGGGCUGUGAGCAACUUCAUUGUAUUUGUCUGCAUGGCCUGCACCGCUAUCAUUAGCGUGGUUUCUAUCAGUGCAAAUACGCAGGGAGUCCAACAUGUAAUUGGUGCUACUCGAUCAACUCAAAUUGCUGCUUUGGUUGUUUUCUCUCUUCUUGGCAUUCCUCUUGCUGUAACCUACAGCGUCCCUUUCUCUAUCACAGCAGAGUUGACAGCUGACGCUGGUGGUGGCCAAGGGUUGGCAAUAGGAGUCCUGAAUCUUGCAAUUGUUGUACCUCAGAUGGUUGUAUCGCUUGGUGCGGGUCCUUGGGAUGCUUUAUUUGGUGGAGGAAACAUACCGGCAUUUGCCUUAGCAUCUUUAGCUGCACUUGCUGCUGGAAUUUUUGCUAUGCUCAGACUACCAAAUUUAUCAAGUAAUUUCAAAUCAACUGGCUUCCAUUUUGGUUGAGUUAAUUUAUUGUGUUAUACUUCUUAUACACAUUACACAUGUAGUUCAUGUUACUGAAGUAACAAAAAUAUAGUACAGUUUUAGCUGUGAUAGGUAUCUGAUAUUUUUCACUCACAUUCAAUUCAUUUUACCCCAAUUUUUGACUCUCUUGUAUAAUGUAAAAUUGUCAUCUGUAAUGAGGAAAAAUGUUGUUUACUCUUUGUGAA